AUGGUAAAAACUCGAAGCACUACACGCAAGGAGCUCGAGAGCAAAGAGGACGAAAAUCAGGAAGUCCAGUUACAAGUGCAGCCUCAGCCAACUGAUGGAAAUACACAGAAGGAUAAACAGACACCGACCGCUAGCCAACUAUAUGAUGUUGCGGGUAGCAGCGUCAAGCGCGAGUACCGCUUGCAACAGCCGCCCGCUUCGCGCACCGGGGCUAAGUCAACGUCCACCUCGUCCUCUCUGAUGGCCAGGAGAAAGAAACUGGAACUAGAGAUGGCUAAAGAAAAGGCUAAAAUUCAAAUGGAUCUCAUCGAUAAGCAGUUUCAGGCGGAUUUAGCAGACCUUAUGGAUGAAAAAGAGGAAAUAUACAGUCCACAUAGUGACCCGCACGACGACACCAAGAAUAAGAAAGUGGAGCAAUGGUUAGAACAAAGCCAGCUCGAGCACGAACCCCCGUUGCACGCUCCAGAGUUCGGUGAUCAGCCGGGCAAGCAGUGUCCGCCGGCGGCACCCGUUGCCGGCCCAUGUGACGGAACGGUUCAUAUGCUCGCGAGCGCACUACAGAAUCUAUCCUCGAUCUCUGCAAAUAAUGGGACAAACAACAACCUGCUUAGUCGCAUGUGUACCCCCCGGGACCUACCUAGUUACUCAGGGGACUCGCUGGAAUGGCUCCAGUUCAAGCAGGCUUAUGACGAGUCUACCGAAGUGUGCGGGUUUAGCCCGAAGGAAAAUUUAUGGCGUUUAAGGAAGUGUCUUCACGGGCCAGCUAAGGAAGCAGUCUCAGCUCUCAUGAUAAGCGGUACAUCACCCGACGUAGUGAUAAAAACUUUAGAGCUACUAUACGGUAACGCAGACACCAUUCUAAGCAAAAUUACCCAGGGCCUGAAGAAACUACCACCUAUGUCGAACGAAUACAACAAAGACAUUGUGUCGUUCUCAGUUAAAGUUCAAAAUUUCAUCGCAGCUGUGCACGCCGUCGGCCGAGAAGAGUACAUGCAAGGAAUGCAUAUUUCAAAUAUUAUUUUAUCCAAGAUGCCUACCGUACUAAUAUCAAAAUGGUCCGAUUAUAGUUUUGCUAUAAUAAAGGAAGGAAAGAAAUCACGUUUGAAUAUAUUAGGCGAUUUUUAA